AUGGGCACAGUUGAUACAAUUUGCAAAGGCAAUGCUACAGUUAUCGUAAGGAUGGGAGCGUACAUCGAUGUAUAUGAUCCUGAUGUGGAGAAUGAUGAUGUAUAUAUCAUGCAUAAGAAAGGGUUAUCUAUAGGAAAUAAAGCCUUGAAUUCUUUUUCAAAGAACUCGGUUAAACACUUUGACGAAAUGGUCAAACUGUUAGAAAGUACAAACAGUAAUUGUUUGACAAAAACCGCUUCAAAAUAUAUCGAUCUCUCAAAUUAUCUGAAAUUUAAUCUUGGAAAAAUGUACAACGCUGAUCAACAGUGUGAGACCAUAUUAGGUUUUAGUUCCUCUACAUGCGAUAAAGAGACUACAGAUAUAUUUGAACUGAGCAUUUGCGAGCAGCUCUUUUGCAUGAACCCAAAAAGUAGUAGUUGUUCUAUUGACAAAGCUUCAAGAGCCUACGAUGGUACAAAAUGUGGUGACAAGAAAUCUUGCCGGGAAGGAAAAUGUGUUGACGAUGUUGAAAAAAUCAUCUAG